AUGUCUGCUGUUCCUCGUCGAUUUUCCACAUCCGCGAGGGUUCACCCCAACGUUCUGCCGCACCUGCGCACCACGUCUCGGCGCUCUCCGAUGAGAUGGGCUCCGACCAUCGUCGGCCUCUCUAUUGUAGGCUACGGCGCGAAAGUAUACCUUGAUAGUGUUCGCGAGAAGCGUGAGCGCAUGCUCGAAGCCCGAUACCAGGAAGAUCGCGAGAGACAACGACGCAACGACAUGCUCCUAGAUGUAUACGGUGAUCGCGAGAGCCUCGAGGGCCUAGAAAAGGCCAUUGAAUUCUACGAAAACGGAAAGAAGUAG